AUGUCCAAGAGGAACGAGCCAGCUCAUCCCGAGCAAAAGCACCCCACCACCAAGCGGGCUAAAGAGAUCGAUGCGCACACUCCCUAUGAGGAGUUGACGGCUCUUCUUGCAGACCAGGAGUCCCCCAGCGACACCAGGAGAGUCCUGCAUUGGUUCCGGAGCAAAGACCUACGCAUCCACGACAACCGUGCAUUGAACGCGGCUUCUCAGUCGGCCAACGAGUCCCAAGCUCCAUUGCUGUGCGUCUACAUCAAUUGCCCAGCUGAGUUCAGAUGGCAUGGCACUUCACCAGCCAGAACGGACUUCAUCUUUGAAAAUCUCGCGCUCAUGAAGACUGAGCUCGACGCGUUGGACAUUCCUUUGGUCUUCCUGGAAGCCGGUGAACGUGACGAGAUCGCCCCAGCCAUCGUCAACUUUGUGCGCGACAACGACAUCUCGCAUGUGUACGCAAACUACGAGUACGAGGUCGACGAAUUACGCCGCGACAUUAGGGUUUUCAAGGAGGCCACUGCUGGAAACUCCAAGUCCAAGGGAUUUCAUCUUUCUCUGCAUCAUGACCAGACGGUGGUGGAGCCGGGCACCAUCCUCACAGACAGUGGAAAGGCCAUGAAGGUAUUCACACCAUACCACAGGGCAUGGCUCGCCGAAGUCAAGGCAAAUCCGGGUCUUCUUGACACUGUCCCCGCGCCUUCGAAGAACUCUUCCGAAUCAAAGAAAGCUCUGAAUCAGUUCUUUGACAGUCCCGUCCCCAGCCCACCCAAGGAAAAGCAAUUUGCCAGUAAUGAGGAGAGGGGACGGAUCCGUAAGCUCUGGCCCGCAGGUCACGAUGCUGCUGUGAAGCGACUCAAUCACUUCCUGGACGACAAGAUCGCCGACUACGCGGCGACACGAUCCAAUCCGGCAAAGGACUCUACGUCUCGGCUCUCUGCAUAUUUCAGUGCGGGAGUUCUCUCGGUUCGCGAAGCCCUCAAAGCAGUAAGCAAGCGAAAUAACAACUCCACCGAUUUCUCCAAGGAAGGCUGCGACCCCGGCAUGUCUGGCUGGGUCCGCGAAAUCGUGUUCAGGGAGCUGUAUCGGCAGACUCUGCUCCAGACUCCUCACACGUCUAUGAAUCUACCACAGAACCUCAAGUUCGAAUUUGUGGACUGGGAGGACGACGAGGAAGGGUAUAAACGCUGGGAAGAGGGCACCUUGGGUGUUCCCUUCGUGGACGCCGGCAUGCGGCAAAUCAAACACGAGGCGUACAUGCACAACCGCCUCCGCAUGAACGUCUCGAGCUACUUGUACUGCAACCUGCUCAUCGACUAUAGGCGGGGAGAGCGAUACUUUGCGGAGACAUUGAUCGAUUGGGAUCUCAGCAACAACACGCAAGGCUGGGAACCGAGCUACACCGUGUUCAACCCUGUCUCCCAGGCCGAGAGGAACGAUCCCGAGGGCGAGUACAUCCGCAAGUGGAUCCCAGAGUUGAAGGAUGUCAAGGGGAAGGCCAUCUUUGAUCCGUAUCACCGUAUGGACAAGCAGGAAUUUGAGAAGCUGGGGUACCCCAAGCCGUAUGUGGACUGGCAGGAGACGAAGCAGAGGGCGAUCGAAAGGUUCAAAUCGGACAUGAAGGAUGCUGAGCCCUGA